AUGAGGAGUGACAAGGGCUGCUGGACCUGCCGCCUCCGACGUAAAAAAUGUGACGAACAUCAUCCGGUCUGCGAGGCCUGCGCGACGCUCCGCAUCACAUGCCACUACAGCGAGGAGAAGCCCACGUGGAUGGACCGCGGGGCCGGACAGCAGGAGAUGGCGAGGCGGAUUAAGCGCCAGAUCAGAGAGCAGGGUGCUCGCUCUCACCCUCACCGCCGUAUGGGGCGCGCGAGCAGGAACUCAGACGCAAUGCUGGCGACGUCUUGUCCAGGACCAGCACCGGGAGAGUAUCUAGCCACGCCGGUAGUUGAUGUCCUACCUGUGGAUAGCGUUUCGUACGCAAAAGACUACGGAGCUAUUGAGCAGCAGCAGCCAGUAACUGGAUCUCCCUCACUGUCGUGUCCCUUGGUCAUCCUUGACGGUCCAGGCGGGCGCGAAAGCGGAAACCCCGGCGCUGGAUGGCCCGACGCAUGCCUGUUUAUGUUCUAUCUCGACAAUCUCAUGCCGUUCCUGUUCCCCUUCUACCGGCCCUCCCUUGCCCAGGGUGGUAGGUCCUGGAUCCUAGAUGUCAUGAUGACCAGCCCCGUCGUGCGGCAGAUGGCGCUGUGCCAGAGCUCGUAUUUCUUCUCGCUGGCGCUGGGCACGGGCAAUUGCCAUGUGGCGUGGGAGAGGCUGCUCGCGCAGAGCAAGGACGCCUUUGAGACGCUGAGACGGUCCCUGCAGGCGCUGGAUGGGCGGACAGACAACACCGACACGGACAUGGAUCUGUGUGAAGUGGUGCGUAUCCUCGCUGGUGUUGUGCAGCUCCAGAGAUUCGAGACUUCUGUGUCCAACUUCGAGAAUUACCACGCACACCGCACCGCUGCUGUCGCUCUCUUCCGCCGUGUCCUCGACAGUGCCACUGGGACAACCUCCAGCUUCGAUGCCGUCAUGGGCCGUUUGGGCACGUCUUCGUGGAGACUGCCCUCGCAGUGCAUCCAAGUCCCAAGCGCCGAGCAGGCGGCUUGCAAGUUCUCGGCGGGGCUGGUGAUAUUGGACGACAUCAUCGCCAGCACGACGUUGCAGGAGAAACCAACCCUCUACGAGUACCAUGGUGGUCUUCUCAGUGGCACUGACGGAAGUGACCCUCCCAUCGACCUCGAACCUCUCUGCGGAUGUCAGAACUCGGUGCUCCUCCAGAUCAGCGAGAUCGCCGCGCUCGACGCGUGGAAGCAAGAGCGCACGAGGGCCGGGGACCUCGAUGUCGUGGAGCUUGUGAGUCGUGCCACGCCCGUGAAGGACGUGUUGAUGACACGCGUCACUCGGCUCGAGGCCGCUGCCAACAAUAUCACCACUGCCUCUGGCGCCUCAAAGAGAGCCUCUGGUCGCGGUCCACUGCCACUGGAUUUCUUGUUUCCAGCGUACCCGUACCACGGCGACGAAGCACCCGCACACACGAUAUCGGAGCAGACGGCCCUAAUCACCCGCAUCUGGGCCCACGCCGCACUGGCGUACCUCUCCGUCGUCCUCUCCGGCUGGCAACCCUCGAGCAGCGACAUACGGCACCACAUCUCGAGGAUCAUCGAGCUGCUCCCGAUUAUAUUGACGCCGCAACAACACACGGUCCCCUGUCCGUCUCCGUCCGCGUUCUCGCCCGCCUUGCUGCGCACCAUGGUCUGGCCGUUCUGCGUGGCCGGCUGUCUCGCACAGUCACCGGAGCACCACGCCCGUCUACGAAAACUGGUCGAACAGCUCCAGCCGUCGAGCGUGUUUGGGACCGUAUACAAGGCGCUAGGGAUCAUGGAGGGCGUGUGGCGGAGAAGAGAGGUAGGGGACGGACUGGCGCCCAGGGAUUUGGCUGCUUGUUUUGCAGGGCACGGGGAGGUGGUGGUGGUGCUUGUUUAG